UUUGGUUAAAUGCAUAGGUUGGGCAAUUCUGGACUGGAAUGAAAAGAAGAUGCUCCAGCUUCUAAUUCCACUGCUUAUGGUGCUCAAGGGACAUGCCCUGGAAGAGCCAGUUCAUUGUGGCCACCGACCUGCCUUUUCAAAUUCAUCAUUGUUAUCAUUUCGUGAACUGUUUGAAGUCCAGGAAGGUGAGUUCCCAUGGCAAGUGAGUAUCCAGAUCUCACGGAAACACCUCUGUGGAGGCUCAAUCAUACAUCGGUGGUGGGUUUUGACAGCUGCCCAUUGCUUCCCAAGAACCCUCUUAAAAAUGACAUUGGGAAAUAUUACCGUGGUCAUGGGAACCAAAAGAUUCAGUGAUGUCCACUUGGAGAGAAAGCAAGUGCAGAAGAUAAUUAUUCACAAAGAUUAUAAACCAUCCCACCUUGACAGUGAUCUCUCCUUGCUCCUGCUUGCCACACCAGUACAAUUCACUAACUUCAAAAUGCCCAUCUGUCUGCAGAAGAAGGAAAGGAUCUGGGACCGGUGUUGGAUGGCAGAGUGGGUGACAGCUUAUGAGCAUGACCUCCAUGACAACUUAAACGUGUACCUGCAGAAGUUGAGAGUGAUGCAGAUUAGCUGGAGAGAAUGCAGCAAGAGAGUAGAUCAGCUCUCUAGGAACAUGGUUUGUGCUUGGAAGGAACCAGGCACCAAAGGCGAUUGCCAGGGAGACAGUGGGGCGCCUAUGGUCUGUACUACUCAUGGAACCCAGAGGCUCUUCCAAGUGGGUGUCUUCAGUUGGGGCACAAGAUCUGGCUUCAGGGGGAGGCCCGGUAUGUUUGUGUCUGUCGCUCAAUUUAUUCAAUGGAUCCAGGAGGAGACAGAAAAGGAGGGAAAAGCCUAUACCAUCUCAGGAGCCUGGAGAAGCUCCCUGCUUCAUGUUCCAAUAUACCCAUUAUUGUUGGGCUUGGGUUCUCAAAUGUUGUUUGCCACCAUGUUUACUAGUGAUAAAUCAAAUCACUAAGCUUUAGACCCAUCUUUACUUCUCCUCCUCCUCCU